CACUUGAAUAGCUCAAGAACAAACAUCAUACUGACAUGUCUACCAUUCCUCACGGCGGUGUUCUCAAAGACCUCGUCGCAAGAGACAAUGUAAUUUCUCACCAGCUCAGAGAAGAAGCAGAGACCUUGCCUGAUAUCAUUCUCACUGAGCGCCAACUCUGCGAUUUGGAGCUAAUUGCCAAUGGAGGCUUCAGCCCUUUGGAAGGCUUCAUGACGGAGAAGGAUUAUAAGAGUGUUGUCGAUACUCUUCGUUUGGCAGAUGGGGUUUUGUUCCCUAUCCCUAUCACUCUGGAUGUGUCUGGCCAAGAAAUCAGCCGCCUCUCAAUUGUCCCUGGUUCCCGAGUUGCCCUUCGCGACCCACGGGAUGAAGAACCCUUGGCCAUUAUAACUGUUGAGGACAUCUACAAGCCAGACCGCCCUAAAGAAGCAGCGAAAGUCUUCGGUGCUGACGAUCCUGCUCAUCCGGCUGUAAGUUACCUGCGAAGACGCGUGCAAGAGUUCUAUAUUGGGGGAAAUAUCCAAGCCAUCCAAGCCCCCACUCACUUCGACUAUGUCGCGCUCAGAUUCACCCCCGCCGAACUGCGAGCCCACUUUCAAAAACUGUCCUGGAGGAAGGUUGUCGCGUUCCAGACGCGCAAUCCGAUGCACCGCGCUCAUCGUGAAUUGACGGUUCGCGCUGCCCGACAAAGACAAGCAAACGUCUUGAUUCAUCCCGUGGUCGGACUAACCAAGCCUGGUGAUGUCGACCAUUAUACACGGGUUCGUGUGUACGAAGCCAUAAUGGCCAAGUACCCCAAUGGGAUGGGUCAUCUCGCUUUACUGCCUUUGGCGAUGCGUAUGGCAGGCCCUCGCGAAGCUGUAUGGCACGCAAUUAUCCGAAAAAACUUCGGUGCAACUCAUUUUAUCGUUGGACGAGACCAUGCUGGCCCCGGAAAGAACUCCCAAGGAAAGGAUUUUUACGGCCCUUACGAUGCGCAGGACCUUGUUACCAAGUAUCGAGAUGAGCUCCAGAUCGAGAUGGUACCUUUCCAACAGAUGACUUAUUUGCCUUCGGCAGACGAGUAUCAGCCUGUUGACGAGGUUCCAAAAGGCGUUCAAACCCUCGACAUUUCUGGCACUGAGCUCCGCAGACGUCUCAAAACUGGCGCACCCAUUCCCGACUGGUUUAGUUAUGACGCCGUUGUUAAAACACUGCGUGAAAGCUACCCACCUCGCAAUCAACAGGGAUUCGUCCUCUUCUUUACUGGAUUGCACAAUUCUGGGAAAGAGAAGAUUGCCAAGGCCUUACAGGUCUCACUCAAUGAACAAGGAGGCCGCAGUGUUUCUCUCCUCCUUGAGGAUGGAAACACCCAAGAGAGUAUCGAUAGAGCAGCAUUUUUUGCCGCCGAGCUCGCUCGUGCCGGGGCUGCAGUCAUCGCCGCGCCUUUCGCCCCCCAAGAAGACGCGCGGCAGGCUGCGAAAGACACCAUCCUCCAAUCUGCCGGUGCUGGAGACAAUUUCUUCUUAAUACAUGUCGCUACACCUCUCGAGCACUGCGAAAAGACGGAUAGGAAGGGCAUUUAUGCCAAAGCACGCCGCGGUGAAAUUACUGGAUGCCCCGGCGUCGAUAUGGCAUACGAAAAGCCUUCCUGUGCAGACCUUACGGUAGAUCUGGUGUCGCAGAGCGUGCCGGAAAUCGUUCAUAGUAUCGUCCUGUUAUUGGAGACUAAUUCUUUGGUAUAAGCAUCUUGUAAAUAGCCAUUGUAAUUGUAUAUCUAGACGUUUGAGGAUCC